CCCAAAGUUAGAGUCUACUCAAUACUCAUGCUGGCUCCGUUCCAUUGAAUCUCAUUCUCAUUCUAUCCGAACAAAUGUUGAAGACAUGAAGCUAUAAUUGCAGCAGAGAGAAACAAACACAGAAUUAGCAUUUGUGCUACUCUGAGUAGACUCUUAAUCCCUCCUCACAAAAAACCUAAACCCUAAAUUCCCUUUUCUCUGUCCUCGAUCUUUCUCUCUGUCAUUUGAUUCUGAUGUCACCGCUGUGAGUUACAGGAGCAAACAACAUUAAAGUUCGUUUCUUUACCAUCUUCCUCUUUCACAGGAUACUCCAACAAACAUGGGGCUGCCACUAGUUUCUUCUGCACUAUUGGAUUUCCCUCAUAACCGUGUUUUCCCCUGCAUGGAGUUUAUGGGGUCUCACCUAUCUGCUUCUAAGUCAUAUGCUCCUGCUUUGAAGUUUAAUUGUCAACAUUUUCACAAGGUCGGAUCAACAUUGCCUGGAGUUAUACUUUGUGCUAAUCGGAAGUUCAGAGGUGAUGAAGCUGUGUGGAAACGAGAACAGUUAACCCAAAAUGUUGAUUUUCCACCAAAGUUCCCUAAGAAAAAGAAAAAACCAUACCCAAUACCCUUUAAGGAAAUCAAACAUGCUGCAAGGACUGACUGGAAACUUGCACACAUGGGAAUAGAGAAGCCUCUUGAACCUCCGAAGAAUGGAUUGCUUGUUCCAGACCUAGUUCCUGUUGCCUAUGGAGUAUUUGAUGCUUGGAAGCUUUUGAUUAAAGGUCUUUCCCAGCUCUUGCAUGUCAUUCCUGCACAUGGCUGUAGUGAAUGCUCAGAAGUUCAUGUGGCUCCAAUUGGUCACUGCAUUCUGGAUUGUGAAGGUCCUACCAGUUCACAGCGUCAUAGCUCUCAUGCAUGGGUCAAGGGUUCCAUCAACGAUAUACUUGUCCCAAUUGAGUCCUAUCAUCUCUUUGACCCCUUUGGUAGGCGCAUUAAGCAUCAAACACGGUUUGAGUAUGACCGGAUCCCAGCUGUUGUUGAGUUAUGCAUUCAAGCCGGGGUAGAUAUCCCAGAGUACCCUUCACGCCGAAGGACCAAUCCAGUACGAAUUUUAGGGAGGAAAAUACUUGACAGAGGCGGACAUAUAGAGGAACCUAAACCAUGGCGCUCAGCGGAGUCCUCUUCACUCCUUGACUUCGAUACUUACAGGGUUUGUGAGCGGUUUCCGCGUCCAUCAUUGGCAGACUUACCUAAAAUUGCUGAAGAAACACUUUAUGCAUAUGAAACUGUUCGAAAGGGUGUCAGGAAGUUGAUGAAGAAGUACACCGUGAAAGCAUGCGGUUAUUGCUCGGAAGUUCACGUCGGACCAUGGGGCCACAACGCUAAGCUUUGUGGAGCAUUCAAGCACCAGUGGCGGGAUGGGAAGCACGGUUGGCAGGACGCGACUGUGGAUGAAGUUUUUCCUCCAAAUUAUGUGUGGCAUGUUAGGGACCCGAGUGGACCUCCCUUGAGGAGUUCACUGAAGAGAUAUUAUGGUAAGACUCCAGCUGUGGUAGAAGUGUGCAUGCAAGCUGGUGCGAAGAUCUCUGAUGAGUACAAGCCCAUGAUGAGGCUUGACAUUGUAAUCCCGGAUAGUGAUGAGACAAGAAUGAUUAUUUGAUGAAAUGUCACAAAAUGCAGGAUGUCUUCUACAUGCAUAAUCUUUAAUAUGAGAAAUGCACACAAUGGCUGUCAGAAGGGGAGGCCUUGAAUACAAUCUUCAACUACAAGACAUCUGUGAGUCCUUGACUUGAUGCUAGCUUGUCAUGUAUAUAAGCAAAUAGCAAAACAAGUAGGUUAUAUCACUAAAUUUUGGUGUGUCAAUUUGUCUGUAUAAUGAUGUCAUAAACUAGUGAAAAGUUCUGUGGGAAGAUCAGUGCAUGUGUCAAUUGAUUGUAUGUUACAAUUACAAAUACAAUAUAGUCAAAUGGUUGCAUAA